AUGGCCGUGCUCCUGGCCACCUCAGCAGGCGGCCAGAGAGGGGAGGGCCCGAGGCCCAAGGCCACAGACAAGCAGAAAGCCACGGGCAGCACCACGGACAGCGGCACGACCAGCACCACAGACAGCACCACCACCGACAGCACCGCCGACAGCCGCACCGACACCACCACGAGCAGCGUGACUACAGAGCGCACGAGUUCGGGCAGAGAGAGCUCCGUGGGCAGUGCCACAGCCAGGGACGAUGAGAGCGCCACGGCCAAGGCCCCGCACGCAGAGAACGUGGGUGCCCCGGCCACGGCCACAGCCACGGCCAGUGCCGGGGGCAGGGACGGUGGCGGUGGCUAUGGCCCAGCCAGCUCUCCAGGGCAGCCGCGACAAGAGUGGAGGAGGCGCGUCUACUUCCGAGAGGAAUUCGAAGACGGCGAUGGAUGGAAAAAAAGAUGGGUUCAAUCUAAACAUUGGUCAAGUUAUGGUAAAUUCCAGCUGACAGCUGGAAGGUUCUAUGGAGACAAAGAGAAGGACAAAGGUCUCCAGACAAGUGAAGACGCCAAGUUUUAUGCCUUGUCAGCACGAUUCAAGCCUUUUAGCAACGAGGGGCAAAGUUUGGUGGUGCAGUUUUCAGUAAAGCACGAGCAGGGCGUGGAUUGCGGCGGGGGCUAUGUUAAGCUCUUUCCUGAGGAUCUGGACCAAGAGAACAUGCAUUCCAACUCCACCUACUACAUCAUGUUUGGCCCAGACAUUUGUGGAAUGGGAAACAACAAGGUACAUGUCAUCCUUAAUUAUAAAGGAAAAAACCAUGAAAUUAAUAAAACCAUCAAGUGCAGGAUCAAUAAAGACACUCACCUAUAUACUCUGAUUCUUCUCCCGGAUUGCACCUACGGGGUCAAGAUAGAUAAUCAACUGGUGGCAGUUGGGGCCUUAGAGGAUGACUGGGAUUUUCUACCCCCCAAAAGAAUCAAAGAUCCAUAUGCGAGGAAACCUCGAAAGUGGGAUGAGAGACCCCAAAUUGAGGAUCCUGAUGACAAGAAACCAGAGGACUGGGAAGAUUUUGAAAAAAUCCCGGAUCCAGACGCAAAGAAGCCUAAUGACUGGGAUGCAGCAAUGGAUGGCGAGUGGGAGCCCCCUUUGAUCCCAAACCCAAAGUAUAAGGGUGAGUGGAAGCCUCGAAUAAUUGAUAACCCAGAUUAUAAAGGUGAGUGGGUGCAUCCAGAAAUUGACAAUCCGAAGUAUAAAGCAGAUCCCAAUAUUUACAGAUAUUACAACAUCAGUGUCCUGGGCCUGGAUAUUUGGCAGGUAAAAUCUGGUUCUAUAUUUGACAAUUUCCUCCUGACAAAUGAUGAAGAAUUUGCCGAAAAAGUUGGAAAUCAGACCUGGGGAGUAAGAAAAGACCCAGAAAGAAUAUGGAGGGAAGCUUAUGAAGCAGAGGAAAAGAGAAAACAACAGGAAGAGACCAAGAAAAAAAUAGAAGCUGCCGAAGAAGAAGAAGAAGAGAAGAAAUAUGCAGUGGAGGAAGAGGAUGAUGAGGAUGAGGAUGAAGAUGUUAACCAAUCUGAACUGGAAAAAGACAAAGAGCUGAAGGAAGAA